GGACUUGUUAUGGGGGUGACCGGAAGGAGAGAGUGACAGAGGAACAGUGAUGCUACUGUUUACAUAACGAGACACACACACACACACUCACACACACAUACACACACACACACACACCCACACACACACACACACACACACACACACACACACACACACACACACGCUCGAAUCGCCAGUCCAGGACAUACACAUUCGCUUAAAGACUUCCACACAUACAGACACGUAUUCAAGGGACUCACUGACUGAGUCACCACACACUCAAAGGCACAGAAUCAGUGACUCACACACAAAAUCACACACACAUUCAUCGACAGGCAAACACACAAGAGGAAAAGGUUGCUUGCAAGAGCCUGGACUCUGUGUCGUACGUGCUAUGGGCCAAGCUGAGCAGCAGCUGUGUGUGAGUGUUGGAUACAUCUGAAAGUUACCCUCGCCGUCCUGCUCUCAACAUCCUCCAUCUCCAAGCUACUCCUAAAUACACCAUCAUGUCUGCAUCAGGGACCAGGAGAACUCCGCCUCCCUUAUCGUCUCUCCCACCCUUAUCCUCUCCAUUUGGGUUCCUAUCCCUCCUCCUCGCCUUCGGCCUCUCCCUUUCUUUCGACCCGGUGUCGGCGCAGCAGACCGUGCCCGUCAUCUCCACGGCGCAGGGACGCAUCCGUGGCAUGCUGACCCCGCUGCCCUCAGAUCUCCUGGGACCCGUCCUCCAGUACCUGGGAGUACCAUAUGCAAGGCCUCCAACGGGAGACAGGCGAUUCCAGCCACCGGAGCCUCCACUGCCCUGGCCUGGAAUACGAAACGUGACACAGUUUGCUCCCGUGUGCCCGCAGUCACUGGAUGAGAGGAGCAUGCUGGGAGAUAUGAUGCCCUCCUGGCUCACAGCUAACCUGGAUAUAGCAGCAACGUACCUCACUCACCAGAGCGAGGAUUGUCUCUACCUCAAUAUCUACGUGCCCACCGAGGAAGACAUCCACGAGGAGGGAGGUCAGCGUCCUGUAAUGGUCUAUGUCCACGGUGGCUCGUACACAGAGGGCACUGGUAACAUGAUGGAUGGCAGCGUGCUGGCAAGCUACGGCAACGUCAUUGUUAUUACACUCAACUACCGCCUGGGAGUACUGGGGUUUCUCAGUACUGGUGACCAGGCAGCAAAAGGAAACUACGGCCUGUUGGAUCAGAUCCAGGCUCUGCGCUGGGUGAAGGAAAACAUCGCAGCCUUCGGAGGAGACCCAGGCAGGGUGACUGUGUUCGGGUCCGGGGCCGGAGCCUCCUGUGUCAGCCUGCUCACCUUGUCUCAUUACUCUGAAGACCUGUUCCAUAGAGCCAUCAUCCAGAGUGGCAGCGCUCUGGCCAGUUGGGCUGUCAACUACCAGCCAAGCAAGUACGCCCGGCAGCUUGGCGAGCGAGUGGGCUGCGGCAUCGACGACAGCACCCAACUGGUCGCCUGCCUUCAGGGCCGGAGCUACCGGGAGCUGGUGGAGCAGAGCAUAACGCCGGCCAAAUAUCACACAGCUUUUGCCCCGGUGAUUGACGGUGAUGUCAUCCCGGAUGACCCCCAGAUUCUGAUGGAGCAGGGAGAAUUUCUCAACUACGACGUAAUGUUGGGGGUUAAUCAGGGCGAGGGCGUGAAGUUCGUGGAGGGCAUCGUGGACUCAGAGGACGGCGUCACUGCUGAGGACUUUGACUUUGCUGUGUCAGACUUUGUGGAUAGUUUAUAUGGAUACCCAGAAGGCAGAGACACACUGAGAGAGAGCAUAAGGUUCAUGUACACGGACUGGGCGGACCGCGACAACGCAGAGACCAGGCGGAAGACUCUGGUGGCGCUCUUUACGGACCACCAGUGGGUGGCGCCAGCGAUCGCCACAGCCGACCUUCACGCUCAGUAUGGCUCUCCGACCUAUUUCUACUCUUUCUACCACCACUGCCAGAGUGACGCCACUCCACCCUGGGCCGACUCCGCCCACGGUGACGAGGUGCCCUAUGUGUUCGGUGUGCCCAUGGUGGGACCCACUGAUCUGUUCAACUGUAACUUCUCCAAGAACGACGUGAUGCUGAGCGCCGUGGUCAUGACUUACUGGACCAACUUUGCCAAGACUGGUGAUCCCAACCAGCCAGUUCCUCAAGAUACCAAGUUUAUCCACACGAAACCGAACCGCUUUGAGGAAGUGGCGUGGUCUAAGUACACCCCGAAAGAGCAGCUGUAUCUCCACAUCGGCCUCAAGCCCCGGGUCAGAGAUCACUACCGCGCCACCAAAAUCUCCUUCUGGCUCCAGCUGGUGCCUCAUUUGCAUCAUGUCAACGAGCUCCUCCAGUCGGUGUCCUCCUUCACGCAUAGUCCGUCUCCGCAGGACGACACCCCUUACUCUUACACGAAGCGGCUGGCCAAAGGUUGGCCUCCAAGCAGCACCCGUCACCCAGGCUCACAGGGAGGUACCCCGCCGCCUCCAGAGGCUGCUGUGGGCCAAGGCGGAGAAGAAAACGGGGUCCGCAUCCCUAAUGAGGACUACUCCACUGAACUCUCUGUGACCAUUGCUGUCGGAGCCUCCCUGUUGUUUCUCAACAUCCUCGCGUUCGCGGCGCUGCUCUACAAGAAGGACAAGAGACGUCUGGAGCAUCGUAGACCCCGCCCACUUCCUCCACCGAGACGAGACAUCACACCUGCAGAUGUCGCCGCCCACCUACAGGGGGAAGGACUGAUGUCAUUACAGGUGAAGCAGCUUGAGUGUGAUGCAGCGUCAGCAGACGAGAGGAACAACACUCACCACCAUCACACUCUGGACACGCUGGACGCCCUGGACGGCAUGGACACCCAGGACAUCUACAGCACCCUGGACACCGUGCGCCUCACCUGCCCCCCUGAUUACACCCUCACCCUGCGCCGUUCACCUGAUGACGUCCCCCUCAUGACCUCUCUGACCCCAGGGUCGCUGCCGGUGACCCCUGGGUCACAUCCUGUUACCCCGGGGACGCCGAUGACCCCCAUGACGCCUGCAUCAGUGGUGGGGAUGAGAAUGGGGCAUCCUCACCAGGGAUACACACACCACAGCCCGUAUAGUAAUCAACACUUGCCACAUACACACAUCUCCGCGCACACACACUCCACUACACGUGUAUAACCGCAGCAAAAUACUUGCACACACUGGGACAUCAUUACAACAAACACACGUAUAAAUAUACACACACAUGCACACGCACACGCACACACACACACACACACACACACACACACACACACACACACACACAAACAUACGUGAAACAAAAGACUUAAAUACCUCUACUAAUUACCCUGCAGGAUUGUUACAGAUGGAGAGACUGAAAGGCAUUUUCAGUAACAGGAUGAAGAGACAGACAGCUGUGUGUUGCAUGAGGAACUGAAGGCAGACUGACUCCCAGGAGAUGCAGUUCUAUGCAUCAUUCGCUCAUAACCUGGAAUUUGACGAGCCAAGACAUCCAUCAACUGUCUCAAAACCCACUUUGGAUAUUAAAUCUUCCGCUUUUUUUUCUCCAGCUGAGGAGGAAGAAGAGCGCUGUGGCGAAAAAAAAGGGGUCAGUAAUUGAUCGGUUUACAUCCCCUACUGUACUCACGCUGCACAGCGAAGCAGCAGCCGGCAACUGAGCAGAGCAGAUGCAGACCUGAGCUGUUAGGGAUACCACACACAGACUGCUGAAGCCAACUUGAACAACCUGUGAAAUGUGAAUGUAGCAUUUUUUUUUUUUUUCAAGGAACGAUCAAAGGCGCUAUUUGCCAAGGAUCAAACUAAGUUGAGGAGAAAAUAUAAAAUGUGUCAGCGAGAGAUGGAUGUAAAAACAGACAGGGAGGAAGAAGGGGGUUAAAGAAAAAAAGAGCAUAUCUUGAAGGAAAAGUUAGACAGUUUGUGGGAAAGAGAUUAAGAUUUAACUGAGAGGGAUUUACCAGCUGUGAGAGCGAGGGAGACGAAGUGAGAAGGAGUGACCUGGAAAACACAGAAAAUGAAAACGUGUACCAAGGAAAAUUAGCUUCAGAAGAACAAAGGGCCUCUGAAGCGUCGCCAGACUCACUGAAGAAUCACUCUAACCAGCUAAGUGUUCAACUCUUGUAAAUAGAAUGGAAAGAUACAGAUGAUAUAUUAUGAUUUAUAGCAUUUACCUGCUCUUGCAUUAAAAACAUGACUUAUUUAACCACAUUAUUGCUUUCAUUUCAGAUAUUACUAUAUUAUUGUAUAGAUGUCCUAAAGCAAGGCUGGUUGUCCUUCUAUCUCACCCAUUGUAGUAUGUACACAGUACCAUUAUUUAGAGGCUAUAUUUGCUAUGCACAGUCAUUUUAGUAAUUAUUAACUAUCUGAGGAUCUAGAUACUUGUUUAGCCGUUGAAGUGUAGGACAUUCUUCGCUCCAUCCUGUCUAUUUGUUUGACCAUCGAACGAGAAGCUUGUACUGUGUAGAUAAUGCAAUAUUGGUUUGAUGAUUGAGCACCAGCCAAAAACCAUGACCUUUAACCCUUUGUACCCAAACCCUCCCAGUCCCUUCCUCCUGGAUUAUUAAUUAAAGACCUUACUUUUAAUACCCUGUCGACCCAAAUAUAAUUAGCGUUUCUGUAGACAGACAGGCGGUGAUGAUUCAGGGGGUCCCGAGUCGCAGCGUGUCCCAAAACAGUUACCAGUGCUCUUUUUGCAUUUUUCAGACUUUAACAGCUUUACUAGAGUUGCUGGUAUUUCUAAACAAGCCCCUGUUUGAACCACCGAGCUCUGGCUGAAACCUCGUCCCUCCUAAAGCUGCCAACUGAAGGAAAUUGGCCACGUUGUUUUGUAAUCUAUUAUGUCAUGUCCUCAGCAGCUCCCAUGGUCUAUAGGAUAAAUGUGGAUCUAUCACUCACACGGUUUAGUUUACGACCUGCCCACAUGUUGUCAGUCGUCUGGAGCCAAAUUUGACGAUUGAGGUGGAGCCUGGGAGGAGCUGAGGAGGGACGCUCUGUUUGAGAUUUUGAGAGAUUUGACAUCGAAGGCAAACACCCCUCUAAACAUGCAGCUUUUUGAGUCAUAAUAUAUUUUAAAGGGAGCAUUGAUCUUUUCAAUUCUCAGCCAAAAUCCAAAACCAAAACCUUAAUGAAAUGCUUAAUCUCAGAAAUAUGUUAAAGUCACACUGCUCUGUGUGAACAUAAGGACAAAUACAGCUGUCAUUAAAUGUUCCAAAUGGUUGAUAAGUCACAUCGGAGGGAUAUGGUGCCAUCUUACCAGCCACUAAAAAUGACAAAUAGCCAAGCUCUGUCUAUCUGGUUGCUGCUGGGAAGCUAAAAUAAUCUUGUAUCAACCAACCCGACCCAAACUCCCAAUGUCAUCCUAACCAGUAAGGCCCUAACACAUAUAUUAUAACUUUCUUGUAUUAUUCCCUUUUUCUUCUUCCUUUCCUUGCCCCUAAACUUUCCUUUGUCCUAUCCCAACCCGUCCUUCCCCCUGUCCCAGCCUCACCUGUGCGACCACAUGCAGCUUUGUCACAGUGAGGCCUAUUUAACCUCCUCUCAUCCUAAGUAACUUCCACAUGAAAGAUUUUUAGUUUACUGUCAACAAAAUACGCGAAAAAUUGAAAGCUGAACAUUUUGUGGAUGGCAAGCAAAGAAGUUUUAGAAAAAUAAUAUAAAAGUAACAUUUAAUGGAUGUUUGAUUGUUUUAAUAUUUUUUUUUUUCAUAUGGGUUUAUUGACUCAGCGGAUGGCUGGAUUGUGUCAAGCAUAAAACAU